GACGUUAUUCUUGUGCGUCCCGGGGGCAAGUAAACAUUUCCGCUGCUUUGCGAUGGACUCAAACAAGGACGAAGCGGAGCGGUGCAUCAAGAUUGCGCUUAAUGCGAUCAGCAACAACCAGUUAGAUAAAGCCAGAAAGUUUCUGGAGAAGGCUGAGCGCCUGUUCCCGACAGACCAUGCCAAAAACUUGCUGGAGACGUUGUCUCAAAAUGGAAAGCCUCCAGAUGAGAACGGCAGGGCUGUGAACGGAGACGGACCCUCUUUGAGGCACCGUGGCGGGGACGGAGAUGGGGCUGAUUCGUCACAUGAGUCCACAGACUCGGCCAAACCUUACACAGCAGAGCAGCUGGAGGCUGUCAGAAAGAUUAAGAGCUGCAAAGAUUACUACCAAAUACUUGGAGUUGAAAAGACAGCCUCCGAGGAGGAUCUGAAGAAGGCUUACAGAAAACUGGCUCUGAAAUUUCACCCUGAUAAAAAUCACGCACCUGGAGCUACGGAGGCGUUUAAAGCGAUUGGUAAUGCCUACGCUGUUCUGAGUAAUGCUGAGAAACGAAGGCAGUACGACCAGUAUGGAGAGGAGAGAGCACACCCGGGCAGGGGCAGGGGCAGACAGCAUCACGACUUUGAAGCAGACAUCUCACCCGAGGACCUGUUCAACAUGUUCUUUGGUGGAGGCUUCCCAUCAAGUAAUGUACAUGUUUACAGAAAUGGGAGAAUGCACUUUGCACACCAGAAUAGGCAAGAAAGACGAGAACAGCAGAGAGACGGAGGUUUCGCUCUACUUGUCCAGCUGAUGCCCAUUUUAAUUCUCAUCAUUGUCUCUGCUCUCAGCCAGCUGAUGGUCACGCCGCCUUCAUACAGCCUUAGCUAUCGUCCGUCCGCUGGACAUAUUCACAAAAGGCAAACAUCAAGCCUAAAGGUGCCUUUUUAUGUGGGGGACCGUUUUAAUGAAGAAUUUACAGGCAAUAACCUGAAGAAUUUGGAGAGAAGUGUAGAAGAAGACUACAUCUCUAAUCUAAGAAACAACUGCUGGAAGGAGAAGCAGCAGAAGGAAGGCUUGCUGUAUCGUGCUCGUUACUUUGGUGAUUCUGAGUUGUACCAAAGGGCGCAAAGAAUGGGUACACCGAGCUGCUCCAGAUUAUCUGAGAUUCAGGUCAUACUGGACGGCUAGGAUAUGCCUGCACACAUACAGGUGUGUCAAUACUCAAAUCGAAAGAGAAGAAAUCAGUUGGGGGCCACUCAAUUUGGAGCAUAUUUUUGCAGCAAAAGAGAAUCAAAAACACGCCUUAUGUGCAGCGGACCUCGUCAGCAGCCUCGUGUAGAUCGACUUUCCGUAGAACUGUGAAAAGCUUUGAGUUGACUGCUGACAUCUUCAUACGCUCCUGUCUCAACAGCAGUGAGAAUCAUGACGGAAAGUGAGAACAUCGUUAUCUGAACUGUUAACAAAGCUGCUGAGAUUAGCUUUCUUCCUGAUCUUUUUAUUUUUUUUUCUUAGAAAAUAAACCCAAAACCUCAAGGCCUUCUCCUAGACAAAGUCCAUCUGAGCCACUCGCGAGGAAAAGUGUGUACUUUUUAUAGUUCUUACCAAUGUAAAUACUCAUUUUACUUUAACAGUGCAGGGUUGUCAGGGAGUUAUUUACAUCGUUUUGUGGAUUUGCUCGUAGCCUGUUGGAACAUGAUUGAAAAUUGUUGCACAAAAGUAAAACAUAUUUAUUAAAUUAACAAAACUAAACUUGUAUACGUUUAUUUGAAUUAAAUUUAUCCCUAAAAUGA